AUGUCGCGCAAUCCCGUGACCCUUGGAGAUAUUUGCUAUACCAAGGGUCACGGGACCGGAGCUCCUCUCCAACACCUCACCUUCACUCCUUCUCAUCUUCAACUUCAUUAUAAAAAAACAACAACAUCCACGAAGCAACCAAGGACCCCCGGUAGGAAGGAAGCUGUCGCCUUCGCGCAGCAAACCAACAAGAUAGCCCCCGUUAUUUCUCACAAUUAUUACCAGAAAUUGGGGAUCGCUCGCGGUGCGACCACCGACGAUAUAACCCAUGUGUGCAAAGAACUAUUGAAGCUUUACCAUCCCGAUAAGAGGGUAGACCCAGAACAAAACAUCCUUGUGGACGAAACAUUGAGAUGGAGUGAUGUAGAUUUUUAUAUUACUCCUGGCAACCGAGGUAUCGCAGUUAGACUGCUUUUCAGAUACAUUAAAGGAUACCGCGACCCACAUGGAAAGAUGAGAUUUGAUCCACAAAGAACUUUUACAUUCCUUCCAACCAAGACAACUCGGUACCACUUAGACCUCGCAUUUAUUCUCACUGGAUUAGCCUUCCAACGCGGCUCGUUUGGCCCCGAAUUUCCUACCAUUGAAUCGUUGCAUUUAUGCAAGACAUUCCAGCUACCAAAGGUAGACCGCAUUAACGCUCAUCUCAUAUUAUUGCAAAGUACAAAGGGGGAUAGUCUUUUUGAGGCCAAGGCAAUGAAGACGGCCGCUUUAAAUCCCCGCUUGAGUACCACGCUUCUCACGCUUGGUUUUGUUCAGCGCUUCACUAUGUAUUCAUUCAGGAGGACCGCAAUUAUUGAAACACGACAAAACGAAGGGACCGAGGAAGCAAGAGAGCUUGCAACGCAUGCUCCAGGGACUACAAGCAUCUAUGCAUAUGACAAUAUUGGGAACUCUGAUAAAGAUAUCACCGCUGUCAGAUUAGGUGAAUCGGCUGUGGCACGUGAAGAAAUACGUCGACUCUUCAACCAGGCCUUACAAGUAAAAGCUGAUAUUGAAACCUCAUUCGAAAAUUCCUCAGUUAUGGUCUCUGGGUUGAAAAAAGAGAUGGAUGAGUUUGUGAGAUCGAGCUAUGAUACUGAUGAAGCCUGCCAGACUUCCUUGGUUGAGAAAAACUCUGGUGAUAGACCGAGUACUGAAGGUUCUUCGUUGUAG